CAGGAAGUCAGCCAGCGAAAAAUGUUACGCUAACUUUUCAUCACUUUAUUCACUUGUAUUUGUUGUUUUAACCUUUAAUUAGUGGAUUAAUCUGUAUAUAGUUGUAGGUGUAUAUACUGACUAUAGAUGUAUGAAGGAUUUAUAGGCUUUUUCACUGGGAAUUUUACCGUAAACUAAGCCUAGUUCAAAAUAUUUGAGCGCGAGGAAAGUUUCUAAAAUUUUGGGUUCAAAAUUCAAAAGUGAACAGACUAACUUUUGAAGAUGUAAAUACUGACAACUAAGCAAACAAUUAGGAUUACUUCUGAAAAAAGUAUGGGGAAGGACACUGAAUUACUUCAGGCAGUGAAGGAUCAGGAUUCCCAGUCUGUGCAAAAAAUUCUGAAGAAGGAGAAGGGACUACAAGGCAAAGGAAAACUUAUUGGUUCUAACAAAAAGUUGAACAUCAAUUAUCAAGAUGAAGAUGGAAUGUCUGCCCUGCACCAGGCAGCUCUGGUUGGAAACACAGAAAUCAUGUAUGCCCUCUUGGAGUCUGGAGCACAGGUUGAUGUCAAAGACAACAAAGGCAUGCGGCCACUCCACUAUGCUGCAUGGCAGGGCAAGAUGGAACCAGUGAAGAUAUUACUGGACAACAAAUCCUGCUCCAAUGAACAGGCAAAUGAUGGGGAAUCCCCACUGCAUCUUGCCUGUCAACAUGGCCACCUUGAUGUGGCAAGUGGCCUUCUUCAACAUCAGGGAGAUCCAACCAUUCGCAACAACAUCCAUAAGACUCCCCUAGACCUGGCCUGUGAGUUUGGCAGAAAUAGGGUUGCGGAAUUGCUCAUGCAGAGUAACCUGUGCAGCCACCUAUUGGUUGAAAGUCAAGACGACAUGUCAGAUAAUGACAGAACGACGUGCCUUCAUUUAGCUGCUAAAAAUGGUCACUCUGAUAUAAUCAGGCUUUUAUGUAAUAAUGGUGUAGAUAUCAAUCGACAAACGCUUCAAGGAACGUGCCUUCACGAAGCUGCAAUGUAUGGAAAAAUAGAAGUCGUUAAACUUUUACUUGACUGUGGGAUAGAUGUAAAUAAACCUAACUCAUACGACCAAACUGCACUAGAUAUUGUGAAUAAAUACACUACCUCUAAGGCGGCCAAAGAACUAAAACAAUUAUUAAAAGAUGCGAGCUCUGCAGUAUAUGCCCGUGCCUUGAAAGAUUUUAGUAAUCCUUAUGAGCCAAAUAGUAUAUGCUUCAAAGAAGGCGACUACCUAACGGUGCUAGAACAGUGUCCAGAUGGAAUGUGGAAAGGUUUUGUGAUGCAUGAUGGACAAUUAGCCAAAUCUGGUUACUUCCCAAGUAAUCAUGUAGUCCUGGUAGAUAAACAAGCUGUGAUAAAUCACAACCCCCAGAGGUUGAGUGCCUAUGGACUAAAGAAGGUGAACACCCCACAGGUGCCCGACCUACUUAAUCGUAACCCUCCUUACCACAACAGUAACCCCCACCUCAUAGAUAGGAACUCUUACGGCAGUUAUAAUGGCCAACUGGAGAGGAACUCGUAUGGAAGCAGUAGCAAUAGUUUACACAUAGACACCAGGAAUCACAAUGGACGUAACUCCUAUGGGAGUCUGGGGCCAGAUGACAAUUUCCCACCCCCUCCCUCCCCAAACUACUCCCCACGCUUCCUGGGAAUAUCAAGGUCACCUAGAUCACCAAGGUCACCUGCAGGUCGAGAUGAAUAUGGCCGAUCUUCAACGUUCCAGUUCCCGCCAGUUAUGCAAAAUAACCAGCCUUAUCCAAAGCCUGGCACUCCAGAACACAUUGAAUGGCCAAGGAUCUCCAAUGGGGGGUCCAUCAGGGCUGGGAGUCCUUGUAGAGACAGCCCUACUGGCUCUAACAGAAACAGCUUAGCUAGCCUAGAUAGUGGCAAGAGUGGGGGCUCACACUAUGAUAAUGCAAGGCCUAUGCACAAUUUUGCCAAUGUAAUAGUGACCAAUCAGCAUCAACCAAAUCCACAUCGCCUCUCGGGCCAGAGUUAUGAUUCAUCGGGCGUGUCAUCACGUCAAAGUUACCAUAGUGGCUCUAGUGGAAGUAUCGGCAGUCUCGAUAGACUAGAGGAAUCUGGGUAUUCCAGUCAAGUUAACGUCCACGAUCUUUAUCAUUCAGGCAUGUCGGACACUGAGGUGCUGCAUGCGUGGCUGUGUGACCUGCACUUCCAGGAGUACUACAAUAACUUCCUACAGGCAGGCUAUGACAUGGGCACCAUAUCACGUAUGACUCCUGAGGACCUCACGGCUAUAGGUAUAACAAAACCAGGCCACAGAAAGCGCCUCAAAGCAGAGAUCAGUAAACUUCAUAUUCACGAUGGUAUACCUGAUUAUAAACCAGCUAAUAUAUUUGACUGGCUAAGGUUUCUGGGUCUAACAGACUAUUAUGACACAUUGUGUCGUCAAGGUUACGACAGUAUAGAUGGCGUUACUGACAUCACUUGGGAGGACUUGGAAGAAAUUGGAAUUAAGAAAUUAGGGCACCAGAAGAAGAUGAUGUUAGCAAUAGACAGACUGAAGAGAAUAGACAGUAAUUCUAAACGUCUGUCUACACAUUCUAGUGUCUCCUCUCACUCUGAUCAUAGGGGGUCCAUGGACCUCUUAGAAACAUCAUCAAUGAGCUCUCAGGGGUCUCAAUCGCGCUGGUCAGGUGACAUGAAGGAUUCGGCAUAUGGCAGUCAAGUUGUGGAUAUAAUGCCGUCACGUCCUGGGAAGUCUAGUUCAGGUGAAAGUUUAAGCACAGCUGGUAGUGGACCUGAAUUAAAAACAUUUCAGCAACCGGCUAAUCAGGAAAUUGUCCAUAUAAGGAAUAAUAGUAGUCAUGGGUUGACAUAUCAACCAGAUGUAGUUGCGAUUAACAGGGGUGUCCCGAGAAGUGGCACUAAUGACACUCUAGGUAGUGAUGGCGAUAGUGGGAGCUCAAGCUCAGGGUCAGGACAUUACCAGUCAUCAUUCUAUGGCCCUAGUGGUAGGAAGACCCCUGAGAUGGUGCUAGAUGGGGAUGCCACCCCUGUGCUAGAACGUCGUAAUUAUGAUGAUGCUGAUGGUGGCGGCACAUUACGUCGUACAACUGCAGUGGUAAACCCUCAGAUGGCUAAGCCAAUCAAACCUGUGGCCAAAAUAGUGGCAAAGUCAAAACGUGGUAAUACUACUCCGGAAAUAUUAAAAAUGGAUUGUAAUGGAGAUGGACCAUUUAAGAAACAGGAAAUCAUAUAUGACCAGCCAGCUGAAUAUGUGAAGGGUUCCCCCACUGGGGGGUCCCCUAGAAAUAGUACAGUGCCAGGGUCACCUCGUCAUGGCUCCCCCAGGAAUAGUGCUCAGAACUCCCCCAGGACAAGCCUGAUGCACCCCCCAGGAUCCCCCCGCCAUGCCCCUAACAUGGCUGCAGGUAUAGCGCAAGCUGCCGCAGCCAGGGCAAAGAAAGCACCUCCCCCUCCCCCAAAGAGAACAAACUCUAUAAAAAGUGACAUUGGAGUUAAAGUGGAUGUAAAAACAGACAAUGAUGUAUCACCCAAACAUUCUCCUAAAGCUGACCUGGGCAAGGCAGCCCUUCCUCCUAAACCCCCUGCUCAUGUUGUACAACAACAGCUACAACAACAAUUACAACAAAGACAACAAAAUAUUCAAUUAGAAAAUGCCAGUAAUAAUAGUGUUAAAAAUCUAACAGACAAGUUUAAUAAAACACCCCCUAAGGGUCUUGUUGAUCCAAACUCUGAAGUUGAUGAUUUCCCCCCUCCUCCACCUCCAAUUGCAGUACAUGAUAAUGUGAAUAAAUCUGACCCUUCAGGAAUAACCAGGGUGGCUAAAACUUUGGAUGAUAACAUCGCAGAAUUAGAAUCUUUAGAAACACAGUUAAAGCAGCAAUCUAUGGACCUUGAUAAACCAGUAAAACAAGAUAAACCACACAAUAUUGAUCAAGAUAGACUACGCUCUGAAUCCAGUAGUCCACGAAGCGGAUCCGCAAGUCCUAAUCUCACGAGGGACGGGGUAAAUAGUGGUUCUGCUAGUCCCAAUCUCCGUAGGGAUGGGGUAAAUGCAUCCAAUCUGAGCAUAGAUUCCAAUACGUUACCAUUUGCCAAUGAAAAUGUUGGGACAAUAAAAUCGCGAGAUAAACAAAAUAAACCCUCCAUAGUGAGUAGCAAUGGGGAGGGUGAGGAGACCCAGCUCAAUCAGAGCAUGUUUGAAGAGACAGGUACAAUGAAACGUAAACCAGUUAAUAAAAAUAUAGUCCAUAAUAUCCAAGACAAUGGCUAUGAUGAUAGUACAAUAAAACGGAGACCGAAUGGCAGUGCAGGACAACAUCAAUCCCAUAAUGCAAUGGAUACAUAUGCAGACGAUACAGGCACUAUCAGAAGGCAACCAAAGCCUGCACAACCUGCCGUUACACAACAUUUCGAAGAUACGGGAACUGUAAAAAGACGACCUCCUAGUCAUAACCAUAUCCAAGCUGAACCUCAGGGAAAUAGGAAAGUUCCACCCCCCAAGCCAGUCAGGAGAGAGAGCUCAAAUCCUGGGGGAGAGGAGGACAUGAAGACCAGGGCUGCCACAGGUGAAUCUGGAGAUGUGCUUAAUGACAUUGGAAACAUGUUACAAGGACUCACUGACGAACUAGAUGCCAUGUUGGAACUGGAAUUUGAUGAAUAAAUCUGCAAGAUAAUGAUCAAUCCCUCCUAUAGACAGUACUACAAUGGUUUAUCCCUAUUAAACUGCAACACAAUGAUCAAUCCCUCCCAUAGAC